AUGUCAGUCAUCGAGCUGCGUCAUCCGUCGGGAUCGCGUGCUGAGGUGCAUUUGUACGGUGCAACAGUAAUAUCGUUCUACGCGGCUCAAGAGCCUGACCGCAAUGUGCUUUUUUUAUCGUCGCGAGCGGUGCUAGACUGUAGCAAGCCGAUCCGCGGUGGCAUUCCGCUUGUAUUCCCAGUGUUUGGCGCUGCCGAGGGUUUUCCAAAUCAUGGUUUCGCACGUAUCAACAACUGGAGGCUGAUCCAAAUGGACGAUAAUGUCAAAGAUGAGCAGCAACCCACAAUUGCGACCUUUGCCCUUGAUAUUUCACAGGGCAUUAGGACUAUGUACACAAACGAUUUCGAUAUUGUAUAUGAGGUCAAGCUAUUCGCAAAUUCUUUAACGACAGCCAUCCACAUUCAGAACAAUUCAGUGGAUACGAUGGCAUUUCAGGCUCUCCUGCACACGUAUCUGACGGUUGACGACGUUCGUCAUGGAGGUGUCACAGUCAAAGGUCUCAAGAGCCUAAAGUAUCAUGACAAGGUCGCGGGUUUUGAGAAGACUGAGGAGCGCGAUCUGUUGACUUUCGACCAGGAGACAGAUAAUGUCUAUGCUAACGCCCCAUCGCCCGUCGUGGUGUGCAUGAAGCGUGCAGACGGCAGGGAACAGAUUGUGACGAUUGAAAAGAGGGCUUCGAUCAAGAAUGGUGCAACCAGCACGGAUCAGCAAAGCGACAUAGUCGUAUGGAAUCCGUGGUUGGAUAAGGCUAAGGGCAUGAGCGACUUUGGAGACAAUGAAUACCUGAAAAUGCUCUGCAUCGAGCCUGGGCGUGUCAGCGAGCAGCAGAAACUUCCAGCCGGGCAAACUUUCACACUGCAACAGGCCAUCAAGCUAUCGGCGCUGUAG